AUGGCUGAUACAGCGGCUUACUAUUCCGUCUCGACACUGGCGGUCAAACCGGAGAAUCAGGCCAAGGUGGUUGAGUUCUUCACCAAGGUAGCAGAAGCCACUGAGAAAGCGGAGCAAGCUGCUCAAAUUUACCGAUGGUACAAGGUCGAGGGGAAGGAUGAAUUUGUGUGGAUUGAGAAAUUUGCGAGUGAAAAGGAUUACCGGGCGCAUCAGCAAUCAUCGCAUGUUCAGGGACUUUACAAGGAGUAUCUUCAGUACAUCACGGAACCAUUUGUUUUCUUCCCUGUAGACACUUCCGAGGAUCAGCUUGUAGGGGGUUUUGAGAGGGCUUGA